GCUCAGCUCUGGCACAAACUGCUGUGAACCCUGCCCUGCUGACUGUUUUUCAUCCUGUAGGAUCCCAGCCUGUCCAGAGUACAGCCACAAGUGUCACCAGCCAGCCCUGGGGACCUGGGAUCUCCCUCAGCUGGAGUGGAACUGUGUGGAUCCUUUGUUUCUUCUUUCUUCAACAUCUUAAUGGGUAUCUCACCCCCGCUGGAUACCGCAUCCCUGUAUUUCAUCCCUUUCCGGGGAUUGCGUCCCCGGGACCGAAUUCCGCUCGGGUACCGAAUCCCCCCCGGCACUGCCACCCCCACUCGCCCCUCCCGGACACCGCAUCCCCUCGCUGCUCCUGGCUGCCCACCCAUCCCGACAGGGCGGCGCGUCCCUCCCGGUGGCCCGACUCGAAAGCGAAAGCGAAACCUCCCGGACCACACCGGGACGGCGACAGCGGCAGGGAAGCAGCACCACGGAACUCCCGCUGGAGGCCGAUCUGCCCCCGGGCCGCUCCCAUGGCACCGCGGCUGCUGCCGCUGCUCUGCGGGACCGCCGCUCUCCUGCUGCUCCGCGCCGCCGCCGACACCGCUCACUGCAGCCGCCCCAAAGCCGUGGCCAACGCUCACAUCGACGCCGGGAAUCGCACGGAGCUGAAUUCCCGCCUGCGCUACUCCUGCAACCCCGGCUACAAACGGAAAGCUGGAACCUCCAGCCUCAUCCAGUGCAUCCUCUGGAACGGCUCCGAGCCCCGCUGGACCGACCCCACGCUCCAGUGCAUCCGAGAUCCGGCUCUUUCCUGGGAAACCCACGGCCUGGAGAGCACGACCCAGAGGGCAGGUACCACUGGUGCCAGCCCGAAUUCCAGCCCUUCUCCAGCUUCCAGUCAGUCACCUGUGCCACCAGCACCUGAUGGGCUGUCACCAGAUGGAUCCAGGCCACCGGAAACGAUUCCAACACUGGACACAUCCAUGCUGGGAGAGGGGACAACCCCGCCGCCCAUCCCGCCCACGGAUUAUGCCGCAGUUUCCAUCCAGUCCGUGGCCUCUUCUGUUGGUAAGCUGGGGGGAAAAAAAAACAACUUCUUUGGGAAACGGGCUUAUUUCAAUUUUUUUAAGCUUAAAAUCCCUUUGGGGGCUGUGGGAGCUUUAUUCCAUGGCCAACGGGAAUGCCACUGAGGGGGUGAAGGAUUCAGCACCUAAAUUUCUUCCUGGAAAGAAGAAUUCCCAA